ACUUUUAUUACAUAUUAACAUUAACAACCAUAAGAGCAGCUGAUUUGCCAAUAACAUAUUAUAUCCUUUUAAAAAUCCAACACAAAGGCCCUUUGUGAUCCACAUAAAAUAAAAGCUUAAUCAAUGGUUAUUAAUCAAAUCGUCGUUAAGUCUUCUUUCCAGAUCCCAAAAAAAACACGAAGUGAAACCUCUGUCGCAGUCAAAUAGAUCGACCACAAUGCUUUGAGGUGCAGAUGUUGAUGACUGGCUCAUUUGACGGCGAUCAAAGCUGAGCAGCGAUUAAACCGAGCAAAUUAAAGACGGGAGCUUUGUGUGAUUUGUGCUGGAAUGUCGGUGUAAAGGAGAGCUGAGACCUCACCUGUUGGGAGUGUAAAAACAGGGAGGCACAGUGAAAGGAGAGGAGGCGGGGUUAGCUCCAUUUUCUCUCCGUCCCGAAAACUUUACACCAAAUCACAGGAGCCAGGUGUUCAGUGGUGCACCUGUCGCGUAACAAGGGAGUGUGUGCCCACCUGCUUUACCUCGGAGUUUACCGUAUUGAUCAACAUGUGUCAAUAAGCCCUUCUGAAUCGAACAUCUGCACAGUAACCAAUCAAAAAUCAUGAAGAGGGGGACGCUGAACUUCUUGGGUCGAAAGAACCAGUCUCUUUUCGACACCAAUAUCAAAAUCAAGGACAUGGAUAAUGUGGAGUUGGUGCUGGGGUCAUCAGCGAUCCCAGAGUCGGGUACUGCCAGUGUGCGGGCCAGACCCACAGUCAAGCAUCAUUCCACAUCUGAGAGUUUUCAAGGGUUUGCUGUCCCAACACCAAAAGUCCCUCUCCUCCCCCAUGUCAAUGGUCCAAAGACCAAUGGUUCAGUCGGUGGAGAUCGGUUAUCCAACGGAUCAGUUAUCUCUGUGCCUGACCUGGUGGAGGGGGAAAUAUUUGUUCCUCCUCCUCCCUCUGUGGCCCCUCCACCCCCUCCAGGGACUUUUAUCCCUCCUCCACUAGACUUCAUAGGUGAUCUAGAUGGUCCAGACCUGGCAACCCUUCAGCCUCCUUCCAUGCCUGCUCCAAAACUCAUGUCACUAGCACCCUCCAUGGAGGAGGAUCUAAGCCUCUUAAAACCCCCACCAAUGGCUCCGCCAAAGCCUCCAUCUACUUGCUCUAGCAGCUCUACGUCAUCCAUACCCAUUUCUAUCCCACCACCAGCCAAAGUUCCUGAGCAUCCAAAAUUUGCCCCACCACAGCCCCCUAUUGAAAGGCAACAGAAGACUUCUAAGACGCCACCUCCAAAGCCCAUUAGACUGUCCUCUAUCUCCAACCUUGACUCCCCACCACAAACCCCUGCUCCACCUCCACCUGGGCAAACACCCACACUGUCCACCUUCAAUCCCCAAAACACAGCAAAGCUUUACAAUGUUCCUCGGCCUUCUGUUCUCAGUGGGUAUGAGGAGCGUGACACCAGACCCAAGCAGAUCUUACUCCUGGAGGAUUCUGGGUCUGGUAUGUCCGCCCCAGUGCUUGUCCAGGUAGAUGGAAAAGCCCCUAAGGUGGCACCACCAUCUAAACCAAUUUCCAAAGAUGUAUUGGAUGUUAAGGAGAACUUACAAAUUACCCCGCCCUCUCAGUCACCCCUACCUGGACCAAAAAAGGAGGCUAAUACAGGGACAGUUUCAGCACAGCAAGAAACAGAGAAACCUCUUCAGACUCCACAUCAAACAUCACCACAGCUUCAGAAAGUGAACAGUACUGAGGUGAAUUCAGAAACUAGCCAGGGCAAACAUGAAUCUCCAAGUCAAAGUCGCAAAUUCAGUCCAUUAUUAGAUUGUAAACUACGCCACCUGAAGAGUAGUGAAACCAAUGGGGCACGAGAGGGACCUGCAGCUUCCCCGCUGGCUCUCUUAAUGGCGGCUAAGCAAAGAGAAAAGCAGAGAUCGACUCUGUCACGGGAAAACAGUGCCAAGAAGACUGAGCAGCCUAGUACGAGCAUUCACCAGAGUGACUCAAGUCGCAAUUCCUUUAUUGUCAUUCCAAGAUCCAGCUCACCCUCCUCUGUACCAUCUCAAGAGAGAACGCAGGAGAGACCAAAGUCUCUCAUUCCUGUGGAGAAUAUGCAAACAAUUCAGACUCUAGAAAAAUCUGACAGCACCACACUGAUCAAGAAUCAGAUACCAUCUACCAGUCCAGCUCUCAGUAGGACAGCAGAAGCUGCAUCCCCAAGUGUGAGCAACCAAGUUGUGCAGAAACUAGAUCCAGAGCAAAGCCUGCCAAAGUCUCAAUCUUCACAGUGUGAGGAUAAUAAAGAGGAGUUAAGUAUGCCAUUACUUCCCCCGCCGCCAGAGUUUGACGAUUUUGAUGAGAUUAUGGAGCCCCCUCCUUCCAUCCGUCCACCUGAUCCUCCCAUGAAAAAGACACCAACGCCAACUGUAAACCCUCUCCCUCCAGCUCAUGUUCCACCACCUCCACCAAAACCUAACCCUCCAAACCCUCCAGCAGCUCCAAAGCUCCCGCCUCCUGACACUGAUGUCAAACCAAAGCAGCAAGUUCAGACAAAACCGCAAGUGGCCCCUACUCAGCUACCAUCUACUCUUUCGCCCAGUCAGGCUACACUCCUGAGCAUCUUACAGAAGAAGAUGUUGGAAAUGGACCACAAACUAACUCCCAUGAAAGAUGUAGACUCCAGUUCUGAUGACUGGGGUGCCCCCCUGUCUAAUGAGGACACUAAGAUCCCUGUUGUCCCCAAAGCCACACCACAGAGCACGAAUUACCCUGUGGCCAAGAAAGCAGCAACCCUGGACAUGCGGGAAUUGGAGGGUAAAGUGGUCAGAAAGUAUCAGGAGACGUCCUCAAAAAAAGCUACCACCAGCAAUGGACCACAGUCAAAACAUCAGUAUGGUAUGACAUUCACAGUUCGGCCUGGAACCAAACAGCCUAUUACUCUUGUCAGUAAAGGGGAUUCUCCAUGAGAGGAGUAAAUAAGAUAGGUGUUCUUCAAUAUAUAGCCCAUAAUGCUUUUGAUUGUAAAAUGUACUUUUACAUCAGAAGGAAUUUGUACAAUGGGGGAAAAAGCACUUUGAACAAAUGAGUUACACAAAUGCGGUUGUCAGAUAUGUUGAAAAUGUCUCCUAACAAUGGUUCGCUCUACUAUGAAUAGUGUAGUCUGAAUGUAUUGCCUAAUCUCCAGAAAACACACAGUCAAAUAGUGUUUUCUUUUCUGUUUUUAUAUUUUAUUUUUGUUGAAGUAUAAAGAGAGAGUAGACCAUGCACCAAGUUUUUUUUGCUGCUGCCGUUUAUUCAGUGUAGAGGUAUGUAUUGCCUUUUUAACCACAGCUUUUAAUCUAUCUCAGUGCCAUGUGGAUAAAACUCAUAUGAGCAAAUUCUAUUAAUAAAAUUCUUUACACUUCAUCGCUGUAAACUAUAUGCUGAGUGAAAUGACUGUACAUUAUACAGUCAUUUGUAGAACAUGAAAAGUCUUCAGUAGAUUUAAUAAUCUAUUGAAUCUAUUGUAAUCUUGAUUGUAAAAUAGAAAAAUAAUAUAAAAUGUAAUUAUUGCGGUUCAUGCUGUAAUUACAUGUCCCAUAACUGAAAUGUUUCUUCACUGUUACAUUUACAUUUUGUAGGUCCAUGGAAAGAAGCCAACUUUAAAUUCAGACGAGUGCUAGUAGGAUUGUUUCUCAUAUUUAUUGAUCUAGGAAAUGUUUUGCCAUCUGUAUAACAUUUAUUCUGCAUGUAUCAAUGUAGCUACAUUUCUGUUGCUAUGCUGUAAAUAUUGGUUUGUAUAAGAUUAAAAUAGAGCAUACAUACUGUAAGAUGUAGUUGUAUGUACAUGUUAAGGUUGUGUAAUCAAAAUAUUUAAAAUAUUCGUUAUAAGUCUUUAAGCAGAGUUGUGUAUCUACACCCAAUGUUGUCCAACAACUCCCUAACUGGAAAAUAAAUACUAACAGUAAUUUAAA